AUGAAAAGAAGAGAAGGGGGAGAAGGCAGAGAGGGGAGAGAAUUACAGGAGAAAACAUUAUCUGGCUGAGAAGAGAAGAGCAGAAAGAGCAUCACCACAAGAAGCAUUCACUGGCCAUGCCAGUGCUUGCAGCUAAUGCUGAGUCAGAAACAGGUAUCCCAAAAUCCCUUUCUAAUGAGCUUCCUUCAGAAACCAUGGAGGAGAUAGAGCACACAUGCCCUCAGCCUCGACUGACUUUGACUGCACCUGCUCCAUUUGCAGGUGAAACAAGCUGUCAGUGCAAAGCUCCUCAUGAGAAGCUAACCAUUGCUCAGGCCCAUCUUGGAACACCAGUGGACAGACCUGUCAGAGUCUAUGCAGACGGAAUAUUUGAUCUCUUCCAUUCUGGUCAUGCAAGAGCUCUCAUGCAAGCCAAAACUCUGUUUCCUAAUAGCUACUUAUUAGUAGGAGUUUGCAGUGAUGAUCUAACACAUAAGUUUAAAGGUUUCACUGUAAUGAAUGAAGAGGAACGAUAUGAGGCCCUCAGACACUGCCGUUAUGUAGACGAAGUAAUCAGAGAUGCUCCAUGGACACUCACAGCAGAGUUUUUGGAAAAGCAUAAGAUUGAUUUUGUAGCCCAUGAUGAUAUUCCAUAUUCUUCUGCUGGUUCAGAUGAUGUUUACAAGCAUAUAAAGGAGGCAGGUAUGUUUGUACCAACUCAGAGAACUGAAGGCAUUUCAACUUCAGAUAUUAUCACUAGAAUUGUACGUGAUUAUGAUGUAUAUGCCCGUCGCAACCUUCAAAGAGGAUAUACUGCUAAAGAGCUGAAUGUCAGCUUUAUAAAUGAGAAGAAAUACCGUUUUCAAAACCAGGUAGACAAGAUGAAAGAAAAAGUGAAGAAUGUAGAAGAAAGGUCUAAAGAGUUUGUGAAUCGAGUAGAAGAAAAAAGCCAUGAUCUCAUUCAGAAAUGGGAAGAAAAGUCAAGAGAGUUUAUUGGCAAUUUCUUAGAACUAUUUGGGCCAGAUGGAGCUUGGCAGAUGUUUCAAGAGAGGAGUGGGCGCAUGCUUCAAGCCUUAUCUCCAAGGCAAAGCCCCACAAGCAGUCCAACACGGGGACGCUCGCCAUCACGUUCCCCAUCUCCUCCUUCCCCUUGGCUCUUCAGAAAGGCUUCACCCCCUUCCUCUCCAAAAGCUGCCUCAGCAUCCAUUAGCAGCAUGAGUGAAGGAGAUGAGGAUGAGAAGUAAACAAGGGGAAAUUUGUAGUAGAAGAAAGAAGAACUACACCAAUGGCUCACCAGUUCAAAGUAGGAGGAGGAAGAAAAUGAUGCAUGAGAUGUUUCUGAAAAGGGAAGAACACCACUGAGAUAACUGGAGCACUGAAGAUCUCAGCUAUAAAGUAGUACUUGCCAAAGGACAGCCUGUCAGAAAAGCUGAAUAUGACGACAGGAUAUAUAACAACUUGCCAUUAUUUCCCAACAUUUAUGAAUACUUCCUUGUGCUGUUGCUGUUUUUGCUGCUUAAGCUAUUGGAUUGUUGUGAUUGUUCACUGAAAGGAAAUGUCCAUCUUUUCAGAAAGGCUAAUUUGGCAAAUGGUUUUAAGAAGGAUUCCCUUUGGUUAGAGAAGACACAUCUAAAUUGGAAUAACACUGCACUCUACUAAAAAGUUGGAUCUCACAAGAAUAACAUGAAGUACUGCCUAGAACAGCAGAAGCUCCUACAGUGCCAGAAAAAACCAAACAAAUAAAAUCAUGCCAUUAGAA